AUGGGGAGGCGAGCUCCGGCGAGAGACGAGGUCGUCCUUCUGGGACCCUGCGGCGACUGUAUUCUCACCGUUCGCAGGAAGGUGAGUUGCUUACCGACUCCUUCGCCGUCUUAUCUUUUCCGGUUUCUACUAUUUCGCUCUCUUAAAUCUUCAUCAUUGGCAGGGCCAGCGGUUAGUGUUUACGAGCACGGUUAUAUAUUCUUCCGUCAUUUAAAAAAUUAAUUCCAGAUCGGGGAAGAAUCUGGGAUUUUAAAUUUUCUGGUUCGAUGAUGUAG